ACUUCCCAGAAGCCACGUUCGAAUUACCCAAACUCUUUCGUCACGACUUCUUCUCCCCCUCUCCCCCUCGCAUUGUCUUGUACCGUCGUCAUCAUGGUUAAUUGGAAACUCUCAUCUCUGCUAUUGCUAUCUCUGCGCGCCCUCAGCGUCUCCGCAAAACCCGAGGCUGAGAAGGUUCAAGAGGUCUCAGAAGAGCCGCAAACCCCCAAUCUCAAUGUCGCCAUCUCUGUCUCGUUCCCACAGGCCGAGAUUUUUGGCGUCAAGCUUGUCAAUGGCCUCGCUACAGAGGCCCGCCUGUCCGUCGUAAAUAACGAGCCAACUCCUAUUGGCGUCACUCUGGUUGGUGGCUCGCUACUCAAGGAGAAUGCCGGAGAGUCGCACGUCGUUCGCAACCUUACUGCGAAGCGCUACUCGAUCCAAGUUCCUGCCGGCGCCAAUGAGACAGUUCCCUACAGCUUUACGACUGAGCUUCAUCCCCAGGAUCUGCGCUUGCAGCUCGUCACUAUCUUGAAGGACAACAAGAACUCACUCUACACCGUCACCGUUCACAACGAGACGGUCAGCGUUGUAGAGGCCCCUACCAGCUUCUUUGACCCCCAAAUUAUAUUCCUCUACCUCGUCGUCCUCGGCGCUUUCAGUGGUACCGUCUACUUUAUUUACAACACCUGGAUUAGCACCUUCUUCCCUCAGAAAAAGGGCCGCGGCAAGGGUGGUGAGCGCGCCAAGAAAUCCUCUGGCGGAUCCAAGACUGUCGACCCCGCCGACCAGGUCGCCGUCGUGGGUGCUGAUGGCCCAGCCGUCACCUCAGGCGCCAAGGCAUACGACGAAAGCUGGAUCCCUGCCUCCCACCUUCAGCGCCCGGAAGCCAAGCGCGUCCGAAGCGGUACCCCCAAAGUGAAGCCGAAGGCUUAG